AUGGCUGACUAUGUCCAUGCCCUCGACGAGCAAGAUAUGACUUGUGCCGCAACCCUCUCAGACGAUUACCCGGUCGACGAUAAUGUCCUCAACUCCCUACCCUGUGGUUCCGAGAUGAUCUCGGCCGUCAAAUUCGGAAGGUCCAAAUGGACUCUCACGGCCCGGUUGAACGUAGAACAGGCUGACGGUACUGUCAUGGCAUACUUCCUAAAAUGUGCAGCAGGAGAUGCCGGCCGUUUGAUGAUGGAAGGCGAAUUCAACUCCAUGACCGAACUAUACACGACGAUGCCCGAGUUAGCACCAAAGCCUUUGACGUGGGUCAAGUUCUCGACGCCGUCGCCGGAGACAUAUUUCUUCCUCUCGGAGUUCAUUGACAUGUCCGAUCGUCCGCCAGAGCCGAACCAGCUUUGUACCAAGCUCGCAAAGCUGCAUAGGACAAGCACAUCCCCGACGGGUAAGUUCGGCUUCCACAUCACGAAAUGUCAAGGUCGUAAUCCCCAAUCUGUAAGUUGGGAGAGCAACUGGACGAGGUUCUUCAGCAACCUUCUCCGAAACGUCAUUGGGUUGGAUGACGCGGAGAACGGACAUUGGGACGCCUUCAGCGCUCUUCAAGACCGUCUUCUCUCACACGUGGUUCCACAUCUACUGGAUAACCUCACCAAGGACGGCCGUGUCUUGAAGCCUUGCCUGGUCCAUGGACAUCUUUGGGAGGGCAACACGGGGACGUCGUACCAGACGGGGAAGAUCUACCUCUUCGACGCGGCAGUCAUGUAUGCGCACAACGAAUUCGAGAUUGGGGAUUGGAGGUGUCAUUAUAACAAAAUCCACAACCACAUCUACACUCGCACAUGCCUUCGACAUUAUAAGCCGAGCGAGCCGAAAGCGGAAUGGGAUGAUCGGAAUCGACUUUACUGUAUAUAUUACAAUGUAUUGUACUCGGUCAAUCACCAAAGCCAAGGCAAGGCCGUCCGACAAAGAGCCUUCGACGACAUGUACUAUCUCAUCGACAAGUAUGCGCCAUUUCCGGAUGGCGAAGGCCCCGCGCGGUUGAGCGACGGUGAACGGGCCGAAUUGCCCGGUGAGAGGGAUCAUACAAAAGAUUGA